UUGAGAAAGCAGCCAACAUGGGGAAUACAAACUCAAGCAUGAACACGCCAUUAUUUUUAGUGGAGCAAAAGGUGGAAAAACCUAUGUCAAACUUUGUGGACAAAUUAAUCGAGUUCGGAGAAGACAAAGUGAAGGAAGCACUGGAUGAUGUGACGUCAGAACCUAAACCAAACCCACCACUUCCAAGCAAACCAAAGCAAAUUCUGAAAAACUACGAGAGCUGGGAGUUACAUGAGCUUGGUCUUGGCCGUGGUGUCAAUGGUACUGAGCCACGACCAUGGGUCAACAAGGUGUCUUUCCAAGUCAGAGAAGCUAAAAUGAGUGAAGAAAACUUGAACUUGAUCGGUACUAACGAAGGGGGAAUGCUCCGCGACUAUGUGGAGGAGGUGACAAGCAUUAAAGAUCAAAGUGCGAAGAUGGACCUGAGUAUCACUGUGCCUAAAACUCCUGUGAGUGUGGGCGUGGGUGCUGAUCUGUCUCGGACCUGGACAAACACGCAGAAAGCUAUCGGAAGACGAGUUCUCAAUGCUACCAUUGCAUUCCAGCAACUGUUUGACGAAUCCGAUGAUAAACUGGCUCGGUACGUACUGGAGUGCUCAGAUAUCAAGAGAGAUGGGAAAUGGAUUGACGCUCUAGCAGAAAUGAGUGACCUCGAUUGUACGAAAUGUUUUGAGCGAUUCCUGGGAAGGUACAACAUCACCCACUACGUUAGUGCAAUCACACUAGGUGCUAGUAUGUUUAUUGUCGAGACUGAAUCCCAUUAUCAACAAACCGUCAGUUCCCAUGGCAAGCUGGAGUACGAACCUAUUGCGAGUCUUGAAGCUUCAGCUACUUUCAGCAAAAAGCUCAAAUACAGCUCUAAGGAUAUCAGGUACAUUGGGAAGUUUUCUAAACAAGACAUGAGCACUGUAGACAAAGAAGCAGUAAUCAAUGUUCAGCUCCAACCGAUUACAACUCUGAUUCAAAAUGAACGCCUCAGGAAAAAUUUGGAGGAAGCUCUGAAACUGUACGUACAGAAGCAAAAACAAAAAACAGUUGGACCAUACUAUAUCUCCUGCAACGAUGCAAAAAUCUACUUGAGAGCUGAGGAGACCGAUGGACAUGCUCAUGUGUACGGAGUGAAAGACAAGGAGAGAGCAUCAAAGUUCUACAUAAUUCUCACUGAUGAUGGGGAACAUGCACACGAGUUCUACAUUGGCUGGAAAUCACAUGAUACAGAUGGUACAAUGCGGUACCUCUGUGCACCUGUGUCGGUCUCUGGUUCCAAUGCUGGACCUCUCUGCCUUGAAAGUAAAGGAAAGAAGCUCCACAGUCUCUUCUCAAUCAACAACCAACUCACAAAGCCUUUCUUUAGGCUGAGAGGUGAUGAAAAUGUCAAUCCAAAAGCCUGGUUUGAAGGACAAGACUCAUAUUUGAUUCGUUGCACAAGGAGAAGGUUUCGCGUGGAUGGCUUCCUGGCAGUUCGGAGUGAGACUGAAGCUGGGGGCGACAUGUAUCGGACGAUCACUAAGCGAGAUGCGUCUGGCCAUGACAAUGAGGAUGUCCACAUGGCAUUUAGAAUUCAUCAGACAAUUCAAGAAAAUGAGGAAACGUUUUAG